GCUAGUUCUAAUACCGAACCAAUUCUCGCGAGAUCGGACGAGGGAAUAAGUUAAGGAAACAUGGCGACGAUGUCUCAUUUGUUAAAGAACAAGGGUUCCCUCCAAUUUGAGGACAAGUGGGAUCUUAUGCGCCCCAUUGUCCUGAAGUUGCUUCGCCAAGAGUCUGUAACUAAGCAGCAGUGGUUCGAUCUUUUCUCAGAUGUUCAUGCGGUUUGUCUAUGGGAUGACAAAGGACCUGCAAAGAUCCACCAGGCCCUCAAGGAGGACAUCUUAGAUUUUAUUAAGCAAGCUCAAGCGAGAGUGCUCAGUCACCAAGAUGACACUGCGCUCCUCAAGGCUUACAUCGUGGAGUGGAGGAAGUUCUUCACGCAGUGUGACAUUCUGCCCAAACCGUUCUGCCAGCUGGAGAUCACCCUGAUGGGCAAACAGGGCAGCAACAAAAAGUCCAAUGUGGAAGACAGCAUUGUUAGGAAGUUGAUGCUGGACACUUGGAACGAAUCUAUAUUCUCCAACAUCAAGAAUAGAUUGCAGGAUAGUGCAAUGAAGUUGGUCCAUGCCGAGCGGCUGGGAGAGGCGUUUGACUCGCAGUUGGUCAUCGGCGUCAGAGAGUCGUAUGUGAACCUGUGCUCCAAUCCUGAUGAUAAACUGCAGAUCUACAGGGAUAACUUUGAGAAAGCCUACCUAGACUCCACUGAGAGGUUCUACAGGACCCAGGCACCGUCCUACCUGCAACAGAAUGGAGUACAAAACUACAUGAAAUAUGCUGACGCUAAGUUAAGGGAAGAGGAGAAACGUGCACUACGAUAUUUAGAGACACGACGUGAAUGUAACUCUGUACAAGCACUUAUGGAAUGUUGUGUGAAUGCGCUUGUAACGUCAUUUAAAGAAACUAUCUUGGCUGAAUGUCCAGGCAUGAUCAAACGGAAUGAGACUGACAGGCUACACCUCAUGUUCUCUCUCAUGGAUAAAGUUCCUAAUGGGAUUGAACCCAUGCUGAAAGACCUUGAGGAUCACAUCAUCAGUGCUGGACUGGCAGACAUGGUGGCCGCUGCUGAGACCAUCACAACAGACUCUGAAAAGUAUGUGGAGCAGCUCCUGACUCUGUUCAAUCGCUUUAGUAAAUUAGUAAAGGAAGCUUUUCAGGAUGAUCCUCGGUUCCUGACAGCCAGAGACAAAGCAUACAAAGCAGUUGUAAAUGAUGCCACAAUAUUUAAGUUGGAGCUGCCAUUAAAACAGAAGGGAGUUGGACUCAAAACACAACCAGAGUCUAAGUGUCCGGAGCUGCUUGCCAACUAUUGUGACAUGCUGCUAAGAAAGACACCCCUUAGCAAAAAGCUGACCUCAGAGGAGAUUGAGCUCAAACUGAAGGAAGUGCUGCUUGUGCUAAAAUACGUCCAGAAUAAGGAUGUGUUCAUGAGAUACCACAAAGCCCACCUGACCAGACGUCUGAUCCUGGACAUCUCAGCGGACAGUGAGAUAGAGGAGAACAUGGUCGAGUGGCUGAGGGAAGUUGGGAUGCCUGCUGACUAUGUGAACAAGCUAGCUAGAAUGUUCCAAGACAUCAAAGUGUCUGAAGAUCUUAACCAGGUUUUCAAGGAGGUGCACAAACACAACAAGCUGGCUUUACCAGCGGACUCUGUGAACAUAAAGAUCUUGAAUGCUGGAGCUUGGUCACGCAGCUCAGAGAAAGUGUUUGUGUCUCUGCCCACUGAGCUGGAAGAUCUCAUCCCUGAGGUGGAGGACUUCUACAAGAAGAACCACAGCGGCCGCAAACUCCACUGGCACCACCUCAUGUCUAAUGGCAUUAUCACUUUCAAGAAUGAAGUAGGGCAAUAUGACCUGGAGGUCACGACCUUCCAACUGGCUGUACUUUUUGCCUGGAACCAAAGACCACGCGAGAAGAUCAGCUUUGAGAAUCUGAAACUUGCCACUGAGCUGCCUGACGCUGAACUGAGACGAACUCUCUGGUCUCUUGUUGCCUUCCCAAAGCUCAAACGUCAAGUGCUGUCAUAUGAACCGCCAGUGAGCUCUCCCAAAGACUUCACGGACAGCACAUUGUUUUUCGUCAACCAGGAAUUCUCCUUGAUAAAAAAUUCCAAGGUUCAAAAGAGGGGAAAGAUAAACCUAAUCGGCCGAUUGCAACUGACGACGGAGCGAAUGAGAGAAGAGGAGAACGAAGGCAUCGUCCAGCUUAGAAUAUUAAGAACACAGGAGGCCAUCAUUCAGAUCAUGAAGAUGCGUAAGAAGAUCACAAACGCUCAGCUGCAGACCGAGCUGGUGGAGAUCCUCAAGAACAUGUUCCUCCCUCAGAAGAAAAUGAUCAAGGAACAGAUCGAGUGGCUCAUUGAGCACAAGUACAUCAAGAGAGACGAGACGGACAUUAACACCUUCAUCUACAUGGCGUAGCGCGGAAACGACUCUUAAGAUGACCUGUAACCGUUCCCAAGGACGACGUACCUGUCGAGGAUCAGCAGCGGGGGGAGGGAUGGUGGUGUCUCAAAGAUGCUGCUGGUCUGGUGGCCUAGUCAUGAGCUUGUUUUUACGACAGACAGUCACACAUCAGAUAAAAAAUGUAUUUAAAAAAAAUCCCUGCCUUACCUUACAGCGAAGACACAUGGGGAUCAGAAUAGGAGAUUAAAAAAAUAGGAAAAAAGACAAAGGAUUCUAUUUUUGCCAUUGGUAGUCAGAAUGCAUGGAGGGCGUUUGGCCUUUUGUAAGUGUACAUCUCCAGCAGCAUGCGGUCAGUGUGAAUGUCACAUUCAUCCGAGGACUUGCUUGUGUGUGCCGUGUAACGAGUGUUUUUAUUUUUUAUUUUUUGUCCUUCCCACAUCCUCCGUCUGGACCUGCCAUGUCCCAUCCGUCCCAUCGUCGCCACUGCAAACACCUGGCCGUGAACACUGAGGAGCGCGGGCUGGGAUGGAGGACUAGCAUUAGCACUUUUCACACUCUCUGCCACUGUCAGCAUGGAUUUAUUUGGAUUGUUUUUCACAUCUUUGGGUUUCGUUUCCACUUUUUUUUCUUCGUCAGAAGCUUGCAAACGUUGAACCUUCUUUAAGCUACAAAAGAUUUGAUUGGCUAAUUGCAGUUUAGACGACAAGUUACUCUUCAAAAUGCCAGGAAAUUCUGCCGUUCGAAUGUCACAAAGGGUCAUGGUCUGCGGAGAAAAUCUGGCGGUUUUGAUGUUUUUAUUUGUUUUGCUGUAAAUGCAUUAUCAGUGAGACGGUCAGUGUAAUGUAGUUUUUGUUUACGACUCCGAAUUUUCCGUUAUCUGUCUCGAAUAGUGACUGAGAUGCUGACUGAAUUGUUCCAGGAACAGCUAACUCAUUGAACCUGUUGGAUUUGAGUCACAACUCCAAUUUAUUCUCAUUACCCCAUCACAGCUGAGCGCACACACAAGCUGUAAAGCACAGUUACAUGAGUCCGAGUUAAGCAAGCACCGCUUCAACCUCAGGUAAAGUAGGGCAGAGUUAUUUUAGUAGGUUGUGCUAACUUUAAUUGGCGCCUCGCGGUUCUUGCUAAACACACAUUGCCAAAGCAAAGCACAAUAGUGCUGAUCUUGAAAUCAUUAUAGAGAUUGUUUUCCCUCUAUUUUCGGGGCUCCCCUGAGAAAGCCUCGUCAUUUGUCGCCACAUUUAGUGGGAAACGUGAUUUGUUAGUAUCCUAUUAUGUGUCUCUGAACAAACGCUUGUGCAAUUACUGAUCAGCUGUUUAUUAUAAUCAAAUGAACUGUCAUGGUUAUUAGCGUUUAAGUGCAAAAAAGUAUUAAUAUGGAUAACGUUGUUAUCCAGGCAGAUUUCGUAUAUAUAGGCAGUCUAGGAUGCAGUUUCUUCAGUGGGUUUCAAAUGACGGUUGAAUCAAACAAUGUGUUCACCAUAAAUCAGCCAUUCAGUGUGUCGUCUGGAGAAAAAAUACUAAACUACCAUUUUCUCUGGCUGAUUCUAUCAAGUUUUGAUUUUAAAUUGAUCUACACUCAAACUAAAGGGGCGUAUAAUGAGUUUCUGAGAAGGUCCCAAAUAAAAUCCACAGUGAUAUUUUGAUAAAAGUCCAUGUCCACUAUAACUUUUCCUGUCAGUUAUGUAUGUUUCUUCAGUUUUUAUUACAGAUCAGUCACUCAUUUGUUUCCCUACUGUUGGAUUUCACAUGGUAACUCAAAAUAGUGAACAGGUUCCAUUUGAUUAUACUGCGAAAGCGUUGUUUAUAAGAUCCAGAUGUACAAUGGUGUUUGAGAACAUUGAGUUCGAUUGUCCUCUUUAUUUAUUGAUAACUUAAGCAUGUUUGAGUGGGUGAGAGAGAGAUAGAGUGUGUGUGUGUGUGUGUGUGUGUGUGUGUGCCUGCACGCUUAGGAGCCUUUUACAACAGGGUGAUGUCAUCCUGUUGCAUUUAUGAAUUUUCAUUUUUGGAGUUUAAAAUGGAUGAUUCUGCCAAAUGUAUGUUUUCCUCUAUCAAUUACUCUUGGUAAAUACAUGUUAUUUUAGUAGGACAAGCACUAUUAUUUUCAUAUUUAUCAAUCACAGUUGGCGUUGUGUGCUUGUGUUAUUCGGGAGCCCAUUGUUUUUUUGUUUUUUGUUUUUUAAUGACAUCAAAUGAAAUGCAGUCCCAAAAGCUGAAAUGUCAGUUCAUUGUAGUGGAAGAUGAUGAAACUGAAUAAAAAUGUUGUGAAUUACCUUCCAAGGAAUGCUAUAUCAAAUUAUGGAUUAUACUUUAUUGUUUGCAAAUUGUUUUCUCUGAUGCACAUGGAAUGUUCCAGUAACAAGAGUCAGUGAUAUAAUGCAAUAAGUGAGCGUGAAACAAAACAUUUUGGAAUCUGUCGAUGGAAUUUUCUGUAAUAAAGUUGCGUCCACAUAUAAACACUCACUAUUAAGUUGAUUAUAUUGGACUGAAAUGGUGAGAUGGGGUGAUAAAUAUUUUUUUCUUUCAACUUCGUGGCUGGCACAUCAGUAUUUUUGUCAUUCUAAUAUGAUAACAUGUACUUAUCGUUUGUUUGUUUUUUUGUGUCUCUAUAUCACAUACAGGAGUGGUGUUUGUGUCUUAUUUAUCACUCUCCUGUUUUGUAGAGUGUCUUCCAUUAUUGUCACAGCAUAGAAGUUUUGUUCAUUACAAACAACGAGUUAUAUUUAUCCAAACACUGACCAAUGUGUAAAGGUUUGUGUUUAUUCAUAAAAGCAUCAUCUCAUUCAGAUCACUUUACUUUAGUGAGAUGUUAUUUGUGAUGGUUUCUGAUCACUAUUCCAAGCAAACUAGUCAGCAUUAGUUUGUAUGACACAUUAGGACAGUUCUGCAAUUAUUCCCGCAUACACAGUUCAGUAGAAAACUGAACACAUAAGUUCCCUGUAGUGUGAGAGACUGCUGUUGCAACAACAACAAAAAAAUGUACGUCGUGUGGUUCCGAGAAGGUGCAUAUGCACUGCCUAUGACUGUCUGUUUUCAAGAUUUCAUGCCUGAAGCCUUAAAAGCUUCAAGAAUAUUUGAAAAUUAUGAAGUGAAUGUGUGCCAUUGUACAGUGAGGAUCUGGAACGGAUGCUAUUCUUUAUGUGCGAGUGAACCAUUUUCAUGUCCUGGAUUUUUUUUUAUGUUGCAUAAUUUAUUUACUGGCAAAAUAAAAAUAUUAUUUGAUUGAG